CAUACUAAUUCAUUGCAUAAUUUGCAUUGAAGCAUGUGUUUCAUCAUUUUUUAUUGCUAAUAACAGUUGUGUACGCUUCAAAGUCAAUGUUUGAAUUCGGAAAGAGCAGUUGAGUUUCCAUGAGAAAACAAAUGAUUUUAGAAUAUUGCGCAAAAUCAAAGCAUGAUUUUCUGUUUUCAUUUCACAUGGAUAAGCUAGCAAGCUCAUAUCCCAUUGACUUUGACCUUAUGUAUAUCACUAAUUAUUUUUAAAAAUGAUAUUAAUGUGAAAAGUAAGCUUUCUGCAAAGAAAAUAGACAGAAUAAAAAAAAUAUGUGAUUGGAUUAUUAGCCGCAGACGAUGACUCAAACCAUGUCAUCCAAAUCAAGGGACCCUUUGCCCUUGCAAGUUGUAACAUAUUCAAAUUUAUCACAAACCAAAUUCCCUAGUUGACUAUAAUAUUUUUGCCAUCUUUAUAUAUGGUCAAGAAAAUACCAUUGCACAAAUCAAGAAAGAGUAGUAAGUACUAGCACAUCAUGGGAAGAAUCGAGACGGCUGGGGAAGUCCAGAGCCCGGUGAAGGGCGUCGCUGUGGGCUCGUACCCUCAAACUCAUCAUCCAAUGCAGCCUCAGCCCGUUGGAAGGCCGUGGAGCACUGGACUAUUUGACUGCCAUCUCGACCAAACCCAAGCUGUGAUGACGGCGUUAUUACCAUGUGUCACGUUCGGACAGAUAGCCGAGGUUUUGGACGAAGGAGAAAUGACCUGUCCAUUGGGGAGUUUCAUAUACAUGUUGAUGAUGCCUGCUGUUUGCUCCCAAUGGAUCAUGGGAUCCAAGUACAGAUCCAAGUUGAGGAACAAAUAUGGGCUAGUCGAGGCGCCUUACAGCGACGUCGUUUCACACAUUUUCUGCCCUUGCUGUGCCCUCUGCCAAGAGUCGAGGGAACUCAAGAGUAGAGGCCUCGACCCGACUCUUGGAUGGAAUGGAAUCGUUGCUCAACAGCACCAGUAUGGGAAUGAGGCUCCUCCGGCUCAAGCUAUGUCGAAAUAGUUGGUAAAAUAAAUGUUUUUUAAAUAUUGUGGGAAUCUGCAUUCGUUAUCUUCGGACUAAAUUAUGGUUCUUGUGCAAGCAUUUGUUUCUUAUUCUAGUAAGGUUGUAUUGUUUUUUUUCUUCCCAUUUUCUUGCUUUUUCUUAAUCUUACCUAUUGUAAUAUGUAGUAUACAAAAAUGUUCUCUCUCGAUUCUAAUAAUCAUAUUCCCAUAACUUGUGGGGUGUAUUCUUGCUUGGUUGUUAA